UUCAGGUCGGUGUUGCAGCUACAUUUCAAAUUAAUCCAGCAAUUUACUUUGGAGUGGAGUCAUCAUCUAGUGAUUGAAAUCGUGAGGAACAGUUCUUCAUAUUUGGAACACUUGUUCUCCAGGUAAUAAACCAUAAAGUAAAUCUGCCAUCGCUUGUGGGAAGGAGUAAGAAGGAAGUCUUGGCCUUUAUUAAAGAAAGGCUUAAUAGUUGGAAUCAUAAGUUUCUUUCAAGAGCUGGACGUGAGGUCCUUCUAAAAGCCGUGGUGCUGUCUAUGCCCAGCUAUGCUAUGCAGGUAUUCUUAUUUCCUCAAGAGCUUUAUGCGGAGCUGGAAAGGUAAAUGUAUAAAUUUUGGUGGACUGGCUCAUCCGGGCGUGGUAUAAAGUGGAAAGAGUGGGCGGGAAUGUCUUCACCAAAGUCAAAGGGAGGUAUGGGUUUCCGAAAGCUUAAGGAGUUCAAUCUGGCAAUGAUAGGGAAACAAGUGUGGGAUUUUAUGCAAAAUCGAAACAGCUUAGAAGCUUCCGUUUUUCGCGCUAGAUAUUUCUCCAAAAAUUCUUUUUUGGAGGCUAAAGUUGGCCACAACCCUUCUUUUAUUUGGAGAAGUCUUUGGGAGGCUAAAGGGAUGGUUAAAAAGGGAUUUCGUUGGAGGGUGGGUGAUGGGAGUUUGAUUAAGGGUUAGAAAGAUCCAUGGCUACCGAAUUUAGAAAAUAUGAGAGUGGAGUCAGAGGUGGUGCACGGACUGGAAGACAUCACAGUAAAGGGUUUAUUAAGUUUCGAGUCUCCCGAAGGAUUGUUUCUAGCCGGGGGAGCUAUUCACAAGCCCGGAGAAAAUCUCCCUAAGGAGGCUGAAGCACUUUCUAUAAGAGUGUUGGAUGGGAUCACAUUGAUGUUGAACUAGCUAGCAACUAGCUAGGCGCUAUUUCUAUGUCUGAUGGCUGGUUUUAAUUUGAUAAUCCACCAAGUUAUAUUUGUUGUAUUUGAACAAUGAUUUUAUUAAUAAUAGUUGAUUCCGCUUUUA